UGGUUCUGUAGGUGAAAGGAACACAGGGAAGAGACUCGGACUGUAUGAAUGACUCUUCCCUAUACCCUUAUGACGAUAUCGAUAAUUUGCAGCAAAUGCCCUCGGCAGACUGGCUGGGACCGUGCCAGGUGCUGCGCGGAAGGGUUUCGCUGACUCCCAGAUUCCCCUUUCCCUUCUACCCUCUCUCACUGCCGCCUUUCUUUGUCGCCCUCCAUUCCUUUCCCCUGCUGUAAUUUCCAGUCCUCUCCAUUCUUCUCCUUCACUCUAGAGAUCUCCUUUCUGCAAUUCCACCUCCUCUCCGCUUUUCCCGUGGGCUCUUUUGGGCUUGGCCCUGCCUCCCUCGCCCCGCAGGGAAGGGGCUGGGCGGGAGGACAGACAGCCCUGGCCGGGGCACACGCGCCCACGGGCAGAAAGGACAGUGCUACCUCGGCCUGUCCUCCCCACCUCUUCCUCCUCUCUUCCCUCCAGCUCCUUCUUCUUCUCUGCCUUUCCUCACUCCCUCCUCCCUCGCACCGUCCUCAGCCCUUUGGCUCCCUCUAGCUCCAUCCCCUCCCUCCGCCGCCCCGACCCCUCCUCCCUCCCCCUCGACUCAUCCUUCCCUCCCGCCGCAGCCAGUCCAGCUCGGCUCGGCUCGGCUCGCCAUGGUGCAGCUCGGGGGAGGCCGCCGAGCCCCGCCGCCGGCCUUCAGCAUCGACAGCAUCCUGCAGCCCGGCCCCCGCCGCCCGGCCCGGGAGCAGGGCAAAGCGCUGCCGGAGGACCAGGAAGAAGGGCCUGAGGAGCAAGACCCCAGUAAAGGCUCCAGCAACACGGGGUCUUUUACCCCCCUCCCGGCCUCCUCGGCUGCUUGUCCCGCGUCCAGGAGCCCCCGAUUUCUCUGUAACGCAGCCGGCAGAGAGAUUUCCUCAGGCAGCGAGCCUCGCCGGCUCCGAGAGGAAGGUUCGAGCCGAGGUCUCCGUUCGGGAGCAGAAGGCGGCGGCGCGGACUCCCCGCUGCCCGCGGAGGGGCUGCGAGCUUCCCGGCAGCCGCGGGACACCGGGGGCUGCGGCGGGGACAGCGGCAGGUCGCCGGCGGCGGGCGGCAGGAAGAAGACGCGGACCAUCUUCUCCAAGAGCCAGGUCUUCCAGCUGGAGUCCACCUUCGACGUGAAGCGCUACCUGAGCAGCGCCGAACGGGCCGGGCUGGCCGCCGCGCUGCACCUCACCGAGACCCAGGUGAAGAUCUGGUUCCAGAACCGCCGCAACAAGCUCAAAAGACAGAUGUCGGCCGAGCCCGAGGGCUCGGGGCCGGCGGAGCCGCCCGGGGAGCCGCCGCCUCCCGCCGCCGCCGCGGCUCUCUCCUUCCCGUCCCUUUACAAGGACAGCGCUCUGCUCGGCCGCCGCCUGCUGCCGCUGCCCUUCCCCUGGCUCUACCCGGGCAGCGCCAUCCCCUACCUCUGCCUCCCCGGGCCGGGCAAACACUUCAGCCUGGUGGACGGGGACGUAUAGCCUCUCCCCGCCGGCCC